ACAGCUACCUUUUCAAAACUCGAUCAGUCGUCAAUACAGUGGAACGGUGUCUUUCCGCGUCACACCCCUCGCCAAAUCAAAUUCCUUUGCCUUGAGAUGCCUAACCUCGCUGGGGUUUUACUUGCCUUCCUUUUCGUCGUCACUUACGCCAACUAUGCCGAUCGAUAUGACCGAUCGAAGAUGCCAUGGGAUUUACGUCCCGUUCAAAACUAUAUCGUGCUGUGCCUUAACAAUCCAACACGGACGAUCAGGGUCUACGACUACAUCGGCGUGGCUUGCUGCCUUGAGUCGACCUCGAACAUUUUGAAUGGAUAUUUACGUCUCACCAUCAGAGGAGAACCGUUUCCUAUUGAGCCUGCUAAAGACACACAGCCGAUUGGCUUCCGGCGCGGCGCUCCUACAUGCAAUGGAAGCAUUCGUGCCUGUCGCCUGUUGCUGGCAGUGCUUUGUCAGAGUUGGGUCACGGAUGGAUCGCAAGAGGCAGACAAAGGAACGCAUGAGAGGCGGAACAUUGACGAUUUCUGCAAUGUUGUGUUGGACUGU